AUGCAACUUCGACACGGACUACUUUCAACCUUGAUCCUGGCGCUAUUCUCAUCAGCUAAGGGCCAAGAGGACAAGAAAUAUGGUAUCUACAAAUCAUCAGCGAUGGUGUCAAUCACCUGGACUACGGAUCAAGUCGUUUCAUUUCAAACGGAAGAGGUUUAUGCAAUUGAAAAAGCCACAACGCUAUACUUUUCGGGUCUUCUAGCCGACGAAUCCUCUAGCGCAUUCAAAUCCGAAAGUGAUAUCAUUAGCACCAGCGUGCAAGCAAGGAAGCAAAAGAUUGGAAACGAUUAUGUAAUUUUGGAAUCAGUUGUAGAGGUCAUGAAUAUUGGAGAAGAGGGAAUGUUGGACGUGGCUGGGUUGUUGAUGUUUUUGACGAACAAAAAUACAACCGACUCUACAUUCGCACACCUCGACAAGAUUGUUGACAUUGGGUACAAUAUUGAUAUGAUCUCCUUCACAACUUCCAUGGAAUCUUCGGAGCUUGUUAAGGUUGUGGAUGAUCGUGGUAUCAUUGCAUACGAAGAGGCCAAGCACACCACAAAGGAACGGACUCUUGUCACCGUGACAAUCAUUGUGGCCUUCGCCCUGUGCACCAUCUCACUCAUUCUUGUUUGGGUUGCGGGUGGCUGGCUGGCAUUGCGAAAGAGAGUAAAAUACUUGUUGCGCCGUGAGGAGGAGUUUACUCAAAUGAGAGAUGAAAUCAAAUCACGACCAACCGAAGACACAGACACGGGAAGUCCCGAGUCUGGAGAUAUGACCAAUCCCUCUGGAAUUUUGGGAGUGAAUCCACGUGCACUCGAUGGAAUGGGCGUAAAAAUGACCCCUGUCAGAGGAUAUGGCAAUGGGGAUACAGCGAGCGAUGUAUUUACUCCCGGUAGCCAAGCUACGUCAUAUUCGGACACUGGACGAAUUCCUCUCGGUAUUACCUCAAUGAGGAAGCUCAUUCCUGGACGGGGAAGUCCCGACUAUGACCAAGAACUUGCUGAGAGAAAUAGUCCGCAGCUAUCCUAUGAAAGUAAACGCCUUGACUACCAAUCAGAGGAAGAGGAAAGAGACAUCUGA